AUGAAGCCCAACACCUUCUUCCUCUACAAGACUCUCGUCUACAAAGACGGCAUCAUCUGGGUAUAUGCUUUCCCCCGCUGUACGCGCAAUAUGCCACCUGAACAGCGCAGGACAGCAGGAACAGGCACUGGCGGGUGGAUGGUCGUGGCCGCAGGUGGACAGUCUGAUAGGCCGCCACCCGGACAUGUUCUGCUGUUAUACAGCCACUACCUCAGCCGGCACGGGCGUGACGACUCUCCGACUGCCUACACCUUCCGAGCCAGUGACCCCCAGGUACCUGGACACUUGCCCCAUCGUGGUGGACCAAUGCGCAGUUUACACCCCGUCAUCACCUCCGGCCUCGACAGCCUGGUCCUUGUCCCGAAAUGCGGCGAAGAACCGGAGAUGCAACCAUCCCUCCCCCCCUUUUUCACUGUCGCUCUGUCAUUUGCGCCAGCUCGCGGCCAAGUGCAAAAGCCUUCCUUCCUGCAGGGGAAUCUACACCCUCCGCGUGCUGCUCAGCCUCCUUCGUCCCGUUCUGGAAGCAAGGAGAGCCGAAUCGGAUAG